AUGCUCGUAAAUACGGUGAAAGGCUGUGGUUUAGGGACUUACGCUGAUCCGAGACUUGCAUGGGAUCCAAGCGAUUUUGGCGAUGUUAAAUCCAUCUACGUCAAUAUUAUGUCACUUUGGUGGCCGAACAACGGGAUCACAAAUACAAAAACCCUGCAACUCAUCUUUCCCACGAAUUUCAAUUCUGCUAAAGUGGCGGCAAAUGGAACGGUGGACAUGAGCAUCAUGUUUUUAACGGAAAGUCGCUGCGUUUUUGAUGUUGCGAAUUUUCCCUUCGACGUUCAAAAGUGUACUCUCGAUUUCUUCGACGCUACUUAUGAUAUCCAUGAUGUCACACAAACAGGCGAACUCUUCACAAAAUAUCAGUGGGAUAUUAUUGAAUCCAACGGUGAAUGGACGAUACAAAACGUGAGCAUUAACUACACACUCGUUGAACAAGGUGACGCGUAUUUCAACUACGACUAUCUCCAAUUCACAUUCAUCCUUUGCCGUGAGCCAAAUUUCUAUAUUUUUGUGAUCGCGAUCCCGUGUUUUUUGCUUACACUCCUAUCGAUCUGUGGCAUGUUUUGGACGCCGAAUCUUAAAGAUGAACAAUUGAUUAAGUUGAGUAUCGGUUUGACUUCAAUGAUGUCAAUGACUCUCUUCGUUGACAUGGUUUCACAGCAAAUCCCGAAGAACACCAGUUUCCCGUUGUUGGGUAGCUUUGUUAUUGUGGACGUUUUCGUGAUUUCAAUAGCUUGUGUCCUUCUUGUCACUCUCCCAUGUGAAACAAGUCCGCUUGAGAAAGAAAAGAUCAAAGACAGAGAAUUUAAUCUGAGCUUUAAUGGUUUCUGGAUCGAGAUCGUCAAGUAUAUCUCCGAGAUUCUCUCAUACACAAAAUAUGGAGCCUAUGUUUUGAUGGCUAGGAAA